GUUAUGCGUUUCAGCUCUCUGUCCUAAAUGGGAGCCUGAGGUACUUGGGUCUUGGAAAGUCUUGUCAAUGUCUUCUGAGGUUUAUAUUCCUUCCUGCAGUCUUCUCCCUCAGGUACCAGGACAAGCCCAUUAUGGAAGACGAUGAAGGAAAGAUUACAUAUGGAGCAAGAAAAAGUCCUCAGUAUGGGGAGCUUUCUGACUUGGACCAGCAGGUGUGGAUCCUUCGUGGUCAGACCCUUGUGACAGUGCCGCGGAGCAAUACUGUAGACCCAGUCACUGUCACUGUCCUCCCAUGCAAGUACCCAGAGUCCCUUGAGCAGGGCAAAGGAAUUCCCAUUUAUCUGGGAAUCAAGAACCCAGAAAAAUGCCUGUUUUGUGCGGAAGUUGAUGAGCAACCCACUUUGCAGCUAAAGGAAGAGAAGAUUGUGGAUUUGUACAACCAUCCUGAGCCAAAGAAGCCCUUCCUGUUUUACCACACCCAGACGGGUAGAACGUCCACCUUUGAAUCAGUGGCUUUCCCUGGCAGGUUUAUCGCCUCCUCCAAGAAUGGCCAGCCCAUCUUCCUCACAUCAGAACUGGGGGAAAAUUACAACAUUAACUUCAAUUUAAAUAUAGGGGCUUGAACUCAUUGUGGGAGCAGAGGGUUGGCUAGAAGUCUUGGUCUGAAAACUUUUCAGCCUCUAAUAUAUUAUCAGGCUUGAUCUGUGGUAGUUUCAUACUUCGAGGUGGGAAGAACCAACAAAUAUCUCAUUUCAUAGAUGAUCACAAAGCAAUAAAACAGGUUGUAUACUCCAGAGUAGGGUGAGAUGGGAACAAUGUAAG